AUGUGCACACGGAACCUGUACUAACGGCGUGGCGCCGACGAGUUACACCUGUAGCUGUGAGAACGGCUGGGGAGGAGAAAACUGUGAUCAAGGCGAACAGGUGUACCUGGCCUCAGAAGACCAUUGGGCCUUUUAUAAAGUUCGUUCGUCAGGACCCAUGACCAGCGAAAACGUCAAAUCCACAUGUGAAGCGGCGGGGAUGGGGUUUCCGUGCCACUACAAAGGUAGUUCUGGGUGCACUUCCAGCUCCUCCUGGACCUCAGGCUGCAUCAGUUAUCGCGGUACCAGUAGCUCCUGCGGUACACACUGGGUCCUCAACAAUAAACUCUGUGGAGACAUUGACCCUCGGCACUGUCUGCCCCUUGAUGACACCUUUGUGUACUGUCCUCGCUGCUGGAGUGGGGAUAACAGUAACAGCGCAUACGGAGUGGACUAUGACACUCACACCUUCGGCCUGCAGGGAGGAAACUACAACGACAUGUGGGCACUGUGUGCAGUUAUCGAUGAGUGUGCGUCCUCCCCAUGUGCACACGGAACCUGUACUGACGGCGUGGCGAGUUACAACUGUAGCUGUGAGAACGGCUGGGAGGGGAACAACUGUGAUCAGAACAUCGAUGACUGUGCAUCCUCCCCAUGUGCACACGGAACCUGUACUGACGGCGUGGCGAGUUACACCUGUAGCUGUGAGAUCGGCUGGACAGGGAACAACUGUGAUCAAAUUAUCGACGAGUGCUUGUCCUCCCCAUGUGCCCACGGAACCUGUACUGACGGCGUGGCGAGUUACACCUGUAGCUGUGAGAACGGCUGGGGAGGAACCAACUGUGAUCAAGACAUUGACGAGUGCGCGAGCAAUCCUUGCUGGCUGGGAGGGACCUGUCUGGAUCACGUGAACGGCUACAGCUGUGUCUGUCCUAAGGAUACUACCGGAAAGAACUGCGAAACUGUGGCUUUUGCGGGAGAGUGUUACCAGUUCUCCUCCACCGCCGCUGCCCACCCUGACGCGGCCCGAGCCUGCCAGACCCAGAGCGGACACCUGGUGGAUGUGAAGGACGGGCAGCAGCAAACUUUCCUCGCGGACACGAUCGCGGCUUCCACCGGAGCCUCCACAUGGCUCGCGCUUAAAACAGCACCAACCGAACCGGUGUUUUUCUACAGUAACGGAGCUCCUUUUUCUGGCCCCCUGGAGUGGUUACCAAGCGAGCCGGCUGCUGCAUGUGACCUGUGUGUACUCCUCGACAGCUCCGGCAACUUCCUGGGCAAGACAGCACCGUGCACGGACCAGCACAACUACGUCUGCCAGGACGUCCUGACGCUGUGCGGACAGAACGUAUGUCAGAACGGCGGCAUCUGCACCUCCUGCUUCGGAGACUCCGCCGCCUUCUGCCAGUGUCCUCCCGGGUUCGACGGAAAGACUUGUGAGAUAAGAGUUGGCGUGUGUGCCUCCAACCCAUGCCAAAAUGGCGGGAGUUGUCAUGACGACGUCAACUCCUACCACUGCGUCUGCCCAACCGGUUACCAAGGAGACCACUGCGAGUCAGACACGAACUGGUGUUCCGAGGUCCAGUGUCCGAAUGGUUUUGUCUGCCAGGACUUCACGUUCUACUUCCUCUGCGCUCACCCCUCUCCCGUCGCCCGCGGGUUUCCGUACCAGUGCAGCAGCGCCUCCUGUCCGGACGGCAUGUACUGCACCCAGGAGGGCAUGGCAGCCUUCUCCUGCAGGCCUGAGGAGUGACGUCGUGACCGAACCCUCCCACGUGACGACCAGCAGCCAAUGGCUGCCUACAUGCGAGCCUUGAAAGUGUGCUGAGUUUUGUUUUUUGUCUGAUCUAGUCUUACUAGAGUUCCACGACUUCAUACCUUCGCCAAAUGAUGUUAACCUUUAUGACUGAUAAAUUAAAGAUUAUUCCCCAUGAUUAUACAAAUAAGAUAAUUUGCAUGAACUACAUCAGUUGAUCAUAUU